AUGUCUAUUGCAUUAAGAGAGGAAAAUUUUGUUGUAAUCAAUGUGGGAUCCAAUAUAACCACUGCUGGUAUUGGAAUGCAUGAUACAAAUAAAGCACCUGCUGUGUUUGUCAAUAUGGCUGACUUCAAUUAUCCAAUCAAAGACAAUAGAAUCAGUAACUGGAAGGAUCUUGAGGAUUGCUUACACACCAUUUUGUUUAAAGAAAUUGGAAUCAAGAAAUCACGAAAUGAAUGUCCAGUGCUAUUAUCUGUUCCUGUUCAAUGGACAAAGUUAGAACAUGAACGCAUCACGCAGAUAUUCUUUGAAAACUUUAAUGUACCAGGCAUCUAUAUUGCGCCACAACCCUUAUUGACUUUAUUCGGAUGUGGUGCUGUUUCUGGUAUUGUUGUCGAUAUUGGAAGUCAAAUUACAGAUAUCAAUAUUGUCGUAGAUAGCAACGUUCAACUACAAUCCAACUUUAUGAUCCCUAUUGGAGGCAAUCACUUUGACGCUUACUUUUUAGAGCUAUUAAAAAAAGAUACACACCUUGUAGAGCAAUUUAACCAGCAUCAGCUUGAGUUAGAUUUAGACUUUGCAAAAUAUGUUCGUGAACUGCCUGGAAUUUGUAAUGUCGCAAUUGGACACGACUUGGAAGAUGAUAAAUUUACAACGCAGCUAUCCAAUGCCAUGGAAGAAAUGCCAACUGCUGCUACUGAGGAGCUAUUAGACGAAGAUAACCCAAAGAGCAAAGGAGAUGAAGAUGCUGUUGGAGAUAUUCCCGAGACGGUAGAUAUAGAAUACAAGGGUCAUACAUUCACAGUUGGUCCAUAUCGUCAUCAAGUCAUCGAUCCACUCUUCUUUCCUGAGCUGAUACAAGUCCAAUGCCUAUCACUUCCAGAGGCCAUGCGAUUGGCAGUAAUGAAUUGUGAACCGCCAGAGAUUCGACCCAAGCUUUGGGAGAGCAUUGCCAUUGCUGGUGGAUGUUGCCUAACAACUGGGUUAUCAAAGCGUCUUAAAGUAGAAGUACAAAUGGUUUUGCCUCAGUCAGAAAAUGCAGGCGACACUCAACCUCGUAUUAUCAACUUUUUAAGAAUUCCCGAAUACUUUACAGUGCUCAAAGAAAAAGAGAACCAAGUUUAUUCGACAUGGCUAGGCGCAGAAAUAGUUGCAAAGCUUGUAUUCAUAGACGCCAAGAAUUAUGUUAGCAAAGUGGAUUAUAAUGAGUUUGGUCCAUCUGUCAUUCAUACAAAAGCUUAUUAA